AUAGCUUAAGGUCGGAUGAUCUAUUGCUUUUACUGUUUUCUUUCCUCUCCAGCGGGCUCCACCACCAGGGAGCCAGGGGCCUUAGGGGCUCGGACGCCCCGGGGUCCGCGCACCCCGCUCAGACACUUGGGGACGCACGGCGCCCCGCGGGUGGGGUGGCCCAGGGGUGGCCCGGGCGCGGUUCCGGCCACAGGGGUCAGCCGGGUGGGACGCUCUCGCGCGAUCCCGGGGGCCAGGGCGGGGCCGGCGCUGUCCCGCGCUUCCUGCCACCCCGGGCCACCGCUCCGCGCCUCUCCGCUCCGGGCCAUGGCGGCCGUGGCUUGGGGACGGUGCCUCCCUCGGGUGUGGCUUCGCAGGAGGGCCGGGCCUGGCUGCGGCCGCCACUACCGCGCCGCGCUCUGCGCCGAGCUGAAGCAGCCCCUGGCCAUCGAGGAGGUCGCCUCCCGCCCCGUCCGGCCUCACGAGGUCAGAGUGGACGUCCAUUUCUGUGGAGUUAAUUUUGCUGAUAUUUUGGUCUGCCGUGGUCAGUAUCAGGAAAAGCCUCAACUUCCCUUCACACCUGGAAUGGAGUUUUCGGGGACAGUAUUGGAGACAGGCACAGAUGUCAGCACAGUGAAAGAGGGAGAUCGAGUUAUUGGCGUGAGUGGCUUUAAUGGUAUGGCUGAAGAAUGCAUCAUUGAUCACAAGACACUGUGGCAGAUUCCAGAAGGGGUCCCCCUCCGAGAAGCUGCUACCUUGCCUGUGUCUUAUGUCACUGCUAUUUUGGCCUUGGAGCAUCGGGCCUGUACUCGGCCUGGAGAAACUGUUUUAGUGACAGCAGCAGCUGGAGCCACAGGCCUUGCAGUGAUAGAUGUGGCAACAAAUGUUCUUCAGGCUAAGGUAAUAGCUGCAGCCGGAAGUGACGAGAAGUGCAGGCUGGCGAUGCGGAAGGGUGCACAGUCCAUCGUGAACUAUAGUCAGGGCAGCCUGAAGGAGGCAGUGAGGAAGCUGGUGGGCAGUGACGGGGUGAACGUGGUCAUCGACGCUGUGGGAGGAGAUGUCUUCCUGGAGGCUGUCCGCAGCCUGGCCUGGGAGGGCAGGAUUGUGGUGGUGGGUUUUGCUGGAGGAACCAUUGCUUCUGUGCCGGCUAACCUUCUGCUCCUGAAGAAUGUCUCUGCUAUGGGGCUGUACUGGGGCCGAUACAAAGAGCAGAACUUUCCCGUCUUCUCCAGAAUCCUGUCCUCUGCUCUUCAGUACUGCCAGCAAGGGCGCAUCCAGCCACACAUCGGAGCGGUUUUUAAGCUGGAGGAGUCAAGAGGGUAGCAUUUGGUGGUAAAAAGAGAACCUGACUGGCCAUGGGAAAACUGGUUGGAUUCUAUUUCCACCUGUGCCUUCAGUUGCUUCUUCGGGGAAGUCUCCUCUGCCCUCCAACCAUCAGUCUCCACGCCUCUGCAGCAGGUUAUGUACUUCAGGGGCAGCAGUGUGCGGGGGUGGGCAGGUGACCCGAGCUGCCUGGCCUCUGGGACCCCAUCUCUGCUGGGGUCUGAGUAGCUGCACAUUUUUACCUUUUUGUUCAUCUGUUUCUUGCAUUAAAAGGUUUUGUGGCUUAAAAAACUUGAAAACCACCAGUUUCCAAAAUUGCUGAGUCCCCUUCCGUCUUGUGACUUUUAUCAUGUGCCUGUGAACCCAGGUUUGCUUUACCUAAAGCUCAUGUAUACCUGUCGAUAGAAGAUGAGGACAGUUAGGACAGGUACGGAAACACUUGCUAGUUUAAACAGUCUCUUCUCUCCACUGACAUGUUCUAAGUGCUGCUCAGGCAUGGGAGAAAGCCAGAGUUGGAUUAUUGUUUUAAUCACUCACACUGAAGUUCUCUGUUCUUUUUUUUAAUUAAAAAAUUUUUUUUAAUGUUUACUUAUGUUUGGGAGACAGAGUGCGAGCAGGGAAGGGGCAGAGAGGGAGACACAGAAUCUGAAGCAGGCUCCAGGCUCCAAGUUGUCAGCACAGAGCUCGACAUGGGGCUCAAACCCACAAACUGUGAGAUCGUGACCUGAGCUGAAGUCAGAUGCUUAACCGAAUGUGCCACCCACGUGCCCCUCUGUUCUCUCUUUUUUAAAAGUUUACUUAUUUAUUUUGAGAGAGACAGAGAGUGAGCAGGGGAGGCGCAGAGACAGGGGGAGAGAGAGAGAAUCCCAAGCAGGCUCCACACUGUCAGCACAGAGCCAGAUGUGGGGUUUGAAGCCACAAAACUUGAGAUCAUGACCUGAACUGAAACUGAGAAUCAGACACUUAACUGACUGAGCCCCCCACGUGCCCAAAGUUCUCUCUUCUCUUAAACACAAAUUAGCUAUCUAAUUACUACCCUCCUGUCAGCUUGUCCUCUCCUUUCCAAUGAGGGCUCCACAUGUAGGGUUUUUCUGAUUCUUCCCACACUGCUGACCUUCCUGCUAUCACCGGGCCCUCUGAGACCAUUCUCCCUAACAAUUUCAAACAUUUCAUUCACACACCGUCCCUUUACUAUUUCUUCUCUUUCUCUGUCUCUUUUUUUCAAGAUUCAAACCACAUAGAGGAAUAGUAAUAAUAUAAUAAUGGCAGCUCCCGUAGGUUAGGUGUAUACUAUGGGUCAAGAACGGUGCUAAACACUUUUACAUGUAUUUUCUCAUUUCAUCUUUGUGAUGCUCCCUUGACGUGUGAGCCAUUUUUAUCACGUUUUACAGAUGAAGAAAUCAAGACUUGUAGGGGCUAAGAAACCUGCUCGAUAUUAUAUAGUAAGUGACAGACCUGGAAUCCAGUCCAGGUUGGUUUGAAGCCAGAUUCUGGGCUCCUUAUGGCUAAGGCAGACCCUCUCCUCAUACAAACGAGGAAGUUGCUUCUUAGAAACCUAUUCUAGAGUAUAAAGUUUGUUCAUCUAUCAGAGAAUUAUUAUGUGAAAGAGCUAUCUUAUAGUUAAAACAACCAGGAAUCUUGGAUUUUUCCAAGCAGUACCGGAAUUUAUAGAUUUUAGGUUUUUUAAAAUUUAAUUUAAUUUACUUCUUAAAUUUAUUUUGAGAGAGAGUGAAAGAAUGUGAGUUGGGGAGAGGCAGAGAGAGGGAGAAAGAGAAUCUCAAUCAGGUUCUGCCCUGUCAGCACAGAGCCCAAAUCAGGGCUCGAUCCCACAAACUGGGAGAUCACGACCUGAGCUGAAACCAAGAGUCAGACAUUGAACCAACUGAGCCACCCAGGAACUCAGGUUUUAUUCUUUUAAAAUGAAGAUGAUUAAAUGAAUAUAUGUCAUUAAUUUGACUUAACUGUAAAGCCUGGGUAAUAUUUUUUAUGUAAAUCAGUUCAUGUAUUAGAAAAAAAUUAUUUAUCAGAACCUGUCUGGGCUUGGAAAAUGACCUCUGUACGUAUAUAUACCAGUAUAUACAUAUAAUAUCAGAGAUGCUAGUGUUUCCUAGUUUGUGUUUUCUCCUGAAUAUGUGGGCUUAUAGAUUUGACCUUGGUAGUUGAUAUUAAUAUGACCACAUACUUUGUACCAUAGUCUUUUUAGUAGGCAUGGGUAUGAACUUCUGUAGCCCUCUGUGCUUUUUGUUCAUCUACUCGUAAUUACUCGAUACUUGUCAUUCCUAUAGACUAUGAACUCCAUGUGGGCAGGGGCCGUGCAUCUCUUUGUCUCCAGAUUCCGGCAGGUACUCAUGUAUCUGCUGAAUGACUGAUUGAGAGGAGGGGGCUAUAGGGUUAGACCACCUGGGUUCAGAUCCUGGCCCUACCUCUUAACUGGCUAUGGGCAAAUUACUCACAUCUCUGUGCCUUAGUUUCCUCAUGUGUGAUAGGGGCAGCAAUAUACUCUACAUACUAAGGUGGUUAUCAAGAUCACAUAAGGUAACACGUGUAAAAGCACAUAACAAACUCUUAAUAUAUUGUUUAAGGCAAAAUACCUCGCCAUCAUAAAAUGGUUAGAGUUGAGCUUUUUCACUUCCCAUGAACUAUAACACAUAUGUUGACAUUUCAUGGGCAAGAUUAGAGAAACAGCCUUUAGAUUUUGAAUUUUAACUAGAAUGUAUUAUUUGCUGAAGGGUUGCACCCGUGCUGUGAUGGGUGGGCCAUGAAUGUGUCCCGUGAUCUGUUCAGAGGAUGGCCUUAUUUAGAUGUGUCAAGUCUGUGUUCUGUAGGGAGAAGCUCACACACAUCUCAACUAGACAAUAUUUAAACCCUAGAGAUCUGAGCUUGAUUAUUAUACUAAGGUCAGGUGAGAUCACUACAUGAAUAGAUUUGAUAUAUAGAAAUUGUUUACUUGAAGUUUCCUGAGUGUAUGUAUGGAAUAUUCUUUUUUUUUUUCCUAAGGUACACUUUCAUGCCCAGCACAGAUCCCAACAUGAGGCUUGAACUCACGACCCUGAGAUCAAGACCUGAGCUGAGAUCAAGAGUUAGAUGCUUAACAGACUGAGCCACCCAGACACUCCUAUCUGUGGGCUAUUCUCUUUUUUUUAUUUGUUAAUUUUGAGAGAGAGAGAGAGAGAGAGAGAGGGAGAGAAUGAGAGAGAGAGCAUGAGCAGUGGAGGGCCAGAGCGAAAAGGAGAGAGAAAGAAUCCUGAGCAGGCUCCACACCGCUGGUGUGAUGUGGGGCUCGAACUCAUGAACUGUGAGAUCAUGACCUGAGCUGAAACCAAGAGUUUUACACUUAACCAACUGAGCCACCCAGGUGCCCCAUAUCUGUGGAAUAUUCUUAAAAAUUAAAUUACUCUUUAAGUUUAAAAAAAUUUUUUUAACGUUUAUUCAUUUUUGAGAGACAGAGAGAGACAGAGUGCAACCAGGAGUGGGGCAGAGAGAGAGGGGGACACAGAAGCUGAAGCAGGCUCCAGGCUCUGAGCUGUCAGCACAGAGCCCGACACGGGGCUCGAACUCACGAACCGUGAGAUCAUGACCUGAACCUAAGUCAGAUGCUUAACUGACUGCACCACCCAGGCUCCCCUAUGUUUAACUUUUAAUAAAUGACCAACCGUUUAUGAGAAUGGUUGUAUUCUUUUGCAUUCCCACCAACAAUAUGGGAGAGUCGAGUUGUUUGCCAUCUGCCAGAACUUUGUAUUGUCACCUGUUUUCUUUAAUGGUGGCCGUCCCAGUAGGUUUAUAGUGGUAUCUGACUGUGGGUUUAAUUUGCAUUGCUCUAUUGAUCUUGAGUAUGUUUUCACAUGCUCAUUUGUCAUCUACCUCUUUUUUGGUAAAAUGUAUCGGCUGACUCUUAAAAGAAGAUUCAGAUGAACAUGUAUUAGAGCAAUGACAUGAGGAGUAUAAUGCAACUCUGACGACAUAUCACUAACUAAGCAUUUUUACCUUUUGAAAACAAUCCCACUCAGUCCUAGAUAUGGUCAUUCACUCAUGAGUUUAUUUUCUUCGUCAGCAUUCACUGGGUACCGUGUGUAUGCCAGUCAAUAAAAACAGACUUUAGGCGUUUGUUUUGUUGGGAAGAUCUCAGGACAGGGUUACAAUAGGGGGAAAGAGUUGGAUUCUAAGGAGGUAUGAAUCAGCAUGAUAUAUUUAGGGAACUAUAGCUUAUUUUGAUUAUUCCUGCUUGAUAAGCUAAUUAAAAAUUCUAAGAGCAGAACCUAAGACAAAAGCAAUAUCCUCACCCUGCCCCCAUAUUAUUCUGAGUUGCAUAUCUCCAGAGACAGAUUUAAUUAUGGCUUCACCCUGUGCGAGGGAGGGUUCUGGGAACAGCCUGGGUGUCUAUGUAGGGAGCAGUAUGGAACAGCCUCCCUCUCUGGGGGCAGCCUGUAGAAUACAGGGGGAAAAUGUCCCCAGGCAUCUGAAUUAGCUAUCAAAAGAGUCUGGUCUGAUGCCAUGCACUUUCCUUCUUACUUUCUCACUCAGAGCCUUAUCACACUCUGAGCAUCCAGUCCGGGACAGCACUGGUUGCCUGGAUAGAAACCACAAGGUAGAAAGGAGACAGAGUUGGAUUAUUCUUAGAAGUAGCUACAAUCACAGCAGAAGUGGCAAAUGGACAUAGAAGUCCAGAAAAACAGAAGGGAAAAUCACAGAUGUUCAAAAUUAUGAGAUCCCCAAAUCAUGGAACAAAAAGUUUGUGUUUCCCACCAAUAUUAUCUUUUCAAGAAGUUAGGUAAAUAUGUGCUACAGUUCUAUACAUACAUACAUAAGCCAAGUGAUUAAAAACAAGCUUUCGCACUUAAACGGACAACUUUCUUUGUAUGUCAACAUUAAUCUGUAGGAGAUUCCUCAUUUCUCUAGGAAGCCAGUAAAAGAGGUAUCGCUAUCUCGAAUCGUGCUUGCUUUCGGAGUAUUUCCUAUCUUUGGGCUGAGACAGAUCUCCGGGAACAGGCAGCUUCAAACUGACGGUGAGAUACAGCUAGCUGUAAGUCGCCUGGAGCUGUACCUCUGAGUGAUCAACAGGGCAGGGAUGCAUGUUUCAAAACACGUGUCUUAGACCUCUUCAACCUUUUCUACCUCCUUUGAGUAUGUCUAAAUUUACGUGGAUUGGAAAGGUGUCUGUAAGGCACAAAGCCCUGCAAGACAGAUGUUUUUGAAACCAGAGAUUUCAUGCUGCAGAGAAUUGAUUUGUUUGAUUGAUUGAUUUGUUUUUCUACUUAUUUUUUUCUAUGCUUUUUGGGAAGAGUUUCCAUGGGAAGGUUGGCUAUAUUCAUAUUCCUCAUUUCAAAGCCCAGUUUCUUUUUAUUACUAUUUUUAUUUUUUUUACAUUUUAUUUUUUUAAUGACUAUGAUUUAUUUCCGAAUUGGCUUGCAUACAACACCCAGUGCUCAUCCCAAAAAAAUCAAAGCACAUUUUCAUUGUUGGGCCGUCUUCUGCUUUUAGGUCUGUGUAUUUCUGGAUAUCUGUAUCUACUUAUUCCCUUUAUUCUCGUUGCCCACUACCGUUCUCUACUCUUGUUUCCCUCCUCAGAGUCAGUCUCUAUAAUGUGUUUGAUACGUAUGCUUGGAUUAUGUUUCCUUGUAAAACAUACUAUUUUUUUUGUGUUAGUUGAUUUUCAAGCGACACAAAUACCUAACAGCAUAAGGUUGUGUGGUAGACCUUGUUCCGUUUCUCCAUUUUUCACUCAGUGCUGUCUUUUGAAGCGCCACUGAUGUUGCUGGUGCUGUGCCCGGUUCAUUGCUUCUCACUGCUGCCUAGAAGAGAGCGGUGUGCACCUGCCAUAGUUUACAGACCGGCUUCCUAGUGAUGCGCUCUGGCCUUGACCUGAUUCCCUGCCACCAUAAUCAACACUAUAAUACACAGUCACACGGUCUCACAGUCGGGACUGUGCAAUGUUGCUUUGGGAGCAUUUUCCCAGGAGUAGGGUUGUUGGGUCAUAGGAUGUAUGACAGCAAACCGCUCUCCAGGAUGACUCAACUGGUUCACGCCCUCACCAGCAGUGCACGCGGAUUCUUCUUUCGCCAGCCCAUUGAUAUGUAGCAUUGUCCUACUUUCUGAUUUUUGCCAAACUGACGGGUGUAAAGUGGCAUCUUAUUAUUUUAAUUUGCAUCUCCCUGAUUUCUAAUCAAUGUAAGCAUCUCUUUAUAGAUUUGGUAAACAUUCAGGUUUCCACUUCUUUGAAUAGCAUUUUAAGCCCUUCAUGCGAUUUUCUGCAGGGCUUCCUGUCUCUUUCUUACUAAUUUGCAAAAUUUCCUUGUGUAAUCUGCAGUUCUCAAAUUUUAAUGUGAGUAUGAAUCACCUGGGGAUCUUGUUAAGAUGCAGAUUAUGAUUCAGUCAAGGUAGGAAAGAGCUCAAGAUGGUGCAUUUCUAAUAAGCUCCCAGAUGAUACAGAAGCCUCAGGUCCUUGAACCACCCUGUGAGUAGCAAGGUUCUAGAUGCUAAUUUGAGACUUUGCAGAAGUCUGUCUCUCCAAAUUUGUCAUUGCUCUGUCAUCUCUGUCUAGAUUUAAUGUAAUCAAACACAUCAAUAUUUUGCCUUGUGGGUUAGUGCUAUUUGGGACAUAUUUAAAAAGUCCUUUGUUAUAUCUGGGUCACAGUGAUCUUCUCUAUUUUUCUCUACUAACUCUGUACUUUUAUUUCAUACUAUUUCAUGCUUUUAAUCCAUCUGAAGUCUCCUCUGUAUUGGGUAUACGUUAGGUAAGCAAUUUUUAGUUUUCUACUUACAGUGACCUAGUUUUCCCAGACCAAAUAGUUCAUUGUUUCUCCACUGAUUUAUGUUGCUACCUUCAUCUUAUUUCAAGUUCCCAGAUACACUCUGUUUUCUCUUCUAUUCCCUUGGUUCAGAUACCUGUUCCUAUAACAGUAUCAUACUGUUGUUGUCUUUAUAGUUGUGAAGUAUGUUUUCCUAUCUGAAGGGCCACUAUUCCAACCUUUGUUCUUUCUUAAACUCCUAAAGAUUCUUUGUGAAUCUUUAUCCUUUUAGGUAAAUUUUGGAAUAGAUUUGUUUAGUUCCUGAAAAAUAUCUGACUGACAUUGGAGUUGCAUUGACAUUAGAGAUUAAUUUGGGGGAGGUACUGAUGUUUUUACAAUGUUGUCUCAUUUGCGAAGAGGGAUAUAUUGCCAUUUAUUCAGAUGUUUCAUGUUUGUAAAUAGAUUUCAAAGUUUUUCUCCAUAAAGUCUGUGGGUCGUUCUUAAUUAUAUUAAUUAUAAGUACUUUACUGCUUUUGUUGCCUUUGAGAACACUAUUUCAUUUCUGUUUUAUUUCCUACUUGAUUAUUUUUUAUAUAACUGGAGUUGGUGGGUGGGGCCGCAGUCAGCCCUGAUGUCUGCCCCCAGCCCACCGCUGGGGCCACAGUCAGACUGGUGUGUGCCUUCUCUUCCCCUCUCCUAGGGGCGGGAUUCACUGUGGGGUGGCGUGGCCCGUCUGGGCUACUUGCACACUGCCAGGCUUGUGGUGCUGGGGAUCUGGCGUAUUAGCUGGGGUGGGUAGGCAAGGUGCACGGGGGCAGGAGGGGCAGGCUUGGCUCGCUUCUCCUUAGGUGAUCCACUUCAGGAGGGGCCCCUCUUCCGUGGGCCUCUCGUCUGCGCUUGGCUCCGGAGACUCCGUUCUGCUAAUCCUCUGGCGGUUUUCUGGGUUAUUUAGGCAGGUGUAGGUGGAAUCUAAGUGAUCAGCAGGACGCGCGGUGAGCCCAGCGUCCUCCUAUGCCGCCAUCUUCCAACCCCGGAGUCGAUUAUUUUUUAUAUAGAUGUCAGUAAUUUUUGUUAGCUGAUCUCUAUCUCACAAUAUGCUGGCCUUUCUCAUUUGCUUAUCUGUUGCUUUGAUUAGCUUUUCUAUGUAGAUUAUUACAUUCUGUGCAAAUAAUGACACUUCUGUUAUCUUCUACUGUUUGCUUUUUUCAAUUUUAAUUUUGUGCAUUUGUUAUUUAUUUUAUUAAAAAUGAGUAGACUUUACUUACUUUUUCAACAGUUUUAGGUUUACAGAAAAAUUCCACAGAAAGUAUGUAGCAUUCACAUAUAUUCCUUCUCCCACCACCCAGUUUCCACUAAUAUUAACAUAUUGCAUUGGUGUGGUACAUUUGCUACAAGUGAUAAACCGAUGUUGAUACAUUAUUAUUAACUGAAGUCCAUGGUUUACAUUAGGGAUCACUCUUGUGCUGUACAGGUCUAUACGUUUUACCAAAACGAAUGUGUACUGUCAUGUAUCCAUCAUUACAGUAUCAUACAGAACAGCUUCACUGCUCUAAAGAAUCCCCUGGGCUCCGUGUAUUCACCCCUGCUCCCAACCCCAACCCCUGACAGCCACGGAUCUUCUUACUGUCUCUACAGUUUUAGCUUUUAUAGAAUGUCAUGUGGUUGGGAUCGUAUAGUAUGCAGACUUUUGAGACUGGCUUGUCUUACUUAACAAUACGCAUUUAGGGGCGCCUGGGUGACUCAGUCAGUUAAGCAUCCUACUCUGGUUCAGGUCAUGGUCUCACGGUGCGUGAGUUCAAGCCCUGCGUCUGGCUCUGUGCUGACAACUCAGAGCCUGGAGCCUGCUUCAAGUUCUGUGUCUUCCUCUCUCUCUGCCCCUCCCCACCCCUGCUCACACUCUGUCUCUCUCUCUCUCUCUCUCUCUCAAAAAUAAAUAAACAUUAAAAAUUUUUUUGAAAAAAAAAACAAUAUGCAUUUAAUGUUCUCCCAUGUCUUUUCGUGGCUUGAUAGCUCACUUCUUCUUCUUAAUUUUUUUAAAUGUUUAUUUAUUUUUGAGAGGGAGAAGAAGAGAGAGACAGAGCAAGCGUGAGGGAGGGUAGCAGAGGGAGAGUGAAGGGAAAUCCCAAGCAGGCUCUGCACUGUCAGCACAGAGCCCGAUGCGGGGCUUCAUCCCACGGACCGCGAGAUUAUGACCUGAGCCAAAGGCGGACGCUUAACUGACAGAGCCACCCAGGCAUCCUGCUCAUGCCAUUUCUUGAAACGACCGUCCCCUCUGCACUGAGUUUGCCUUUGCUCCUUUGUUAAGGCUCAGUUGACUGUCUUCGUGUGGGCCUGUUUUGGGCUCUCGUGUGUUCCGUUGAUGCACUUAUUCUCUUGCCAGUAUCGCACUGUUUUUGUUACUGUGGCUGAUUUUUAAUUUAUGUUUUAUAGCCUUGUACUUCUAAAAAAAAAAUAGGAUUUGAGAUAGAUUGCAAUUUCGGUUACACUGGAAACAGGACAAUUUUAAUAAGAAGAUAAAAAUUGUAAAAUAUUAAACUAUUGAUUCUCUGGCAGUGGCUGCAUUCUUUCAAGAGCUAGAACACACAGAAAUAUUACAAUAGAGUAUGAGGCGGCCUGAGGACUUUUUACCUGCUGUCACUUAUCUGACGACAUUGAAAAUUGUUAGUUUGGACAGAAAAAUUCUGAAGUUGGGUUAUUCUUAAAUAUUAUUAUUUUCCUUUCAGUUUAUGGUGAUUGUUCAGCUAGCAUUGCAUAGUUAGUUGUAUACAGUUCAUUGGAGACAUGUCUUAAUAUUUUAGCUAAUUUAAGACUCGGCCUACCAGAGAAUGCUUAUUGAAAUAUGCAACUGUGACCAUAUAUUUUUGAAUUUUUUUUAGGUCAAUGAUGCCUUCCUUCAUGUGAUACAGCGCAAAUCCAUGGGCAAGGUGCUUAUCUCCCUGAAAUAAACCCUCACCUCAGCAGCAAA